UUCUUCAUGAGAACUAAGAUCUUUCUCCACCCUUCCCUUAUCUAAUUUCCUGCAAGUUAAACAGGCUUUAUAUGCCUCUGAAUCAAACACAGAACAUUGAGAAAAAUCUUAAACACCUAAAGAAAACAAAUAACAUUGGCCUUGAUUAAGGCUGACAUUCACCGACAUUAACAAGAUGGGAUGCAAGGUGUUGUGGCUCAGUGUUGCUCUCAUUCCGUAUCUUAUGAUCUGUGAACAUGUCCGAGCUCAAUGUACACAGCCUUCUUUUGCAUCAAGGAAUGUCAUCUUGUCAGAAUCUUAUCUCUUGACUCAAAGUUUCCCAGAUGGAUCAACCGUAACAUUUGAGUGUGAAAUUGGGCAUAAACCAGUAAACUCAAGAGCAUCUAAAUCUGCUACUUGUGAGAGAAACCAGUGGACAAGUCUGGAAUUAGAGUGCACAAAAAAAACCUGUGGGAGUCUUCCAGAUUUUGAUAAUGGGAGAUAUGAAAGAACUGGGAAUUUAUUUGGUGACAAAGUUACAGCGGUUUGUAACACAGGAUACAUUUUAGAUGGAUUGAUAAAAGACAGAUGGUGCCGAGAUCAGGGAUGGGAUGGCAGAGAUCCUGUCUGUGAAGUGGUGAAAUGUAAGGCACCUCCAGCCAUAGUAAAUGGACAGCUUGAAGAGGGGCCUUUGGACAGUUAUGAUUAUUUGCAGGCCGUGUCCUACAGAUGUAACAGUGGGUUUAGUCUUAUUGGAAAUUCAAUACUUCAUUGUUCUGAGGAUGGGACUUUUAAACCAGAUCCGCCAAAAUGUAUGGAUGGAUGUUUAAAGCCUGAAAUUUCACACGCAACUAGAAUCGGUGGAAGAUCACCCCCCUACAAACUGGGACACUUUAUAGAUUACAAAUGUGAUGAUGGCUUUACAAUGAAAGGAGACUUCCAUAUUGUGUGUGGAGCAACAGGAUGGAACCCUGAACCACCAAAGUGCAUUGCACAAUGUAGACAGCCUUCUUUUGCAUCAAGGAAUGUCAUCUUGUCAGAAUCUUAUCUCUCGGCUCAAAGUUUCCCAGAUGGAUCAACCGUAACAUUUGAGUGUGAAAUUGGGCAUAAACCAGUAAACUCAAGAGCAUCUAAAUCUGCUACUUGUGAGAGAAACCAGUGGACAAGUCUGGAAUUAGAGUGCACAAAAAAAACAUGUGGGAGUCUUCCAGAUUUUGAUAAUGGGAGAUAUGAAAGAACUGGGAAUUUAUUUGGUGACAAAGUUACAGCGGUUUGUAACACAGGAUACAUUUUAGAUGGAUUGAUAAAAGACAGAUGGUGCCGAGAUCAGGGAUGGGAUGGCAGAGAUCCUGUCUGUGAAGUGGUGAAAUGUAAGGCACCUCCAGCCAUAGUAAAUGGACAGCUUGAAGAGGGGCCUUUGGACAGUUAUGAUUAUUUACAGGCCGUGUCCUACAGAUGUAACAGUGGGUUUAGUCUUAUUGGAAAUUCAAUACUUCAUUGUUCUGAGGAUGGGACUUUUAAACCAGAUCCGCCAAAAUGUAUGGAUGGGUGUUUAAAGCCUGAAAUUUCACACGCAACUAGAAUCGGUGGAAGAUCACCCCCCUACAAACUGGGACACUUUAUAGAUUACAAAUGUGAUGAUGGCUUUACAAUGAAAGGAGACUUCCAUAUUGUGUGUGGAUCAACAGGAUGGAACCCUGAACCACCAAAGUGCAUUGGUAAGACUAAAAUGAUUUUAUUAUUGCAUGACUGCAAACCAUUUUAUCUCCUAGUGAUGUCACUCUGUUUAAAGGAGUAG